AUGGCAAUUUAUUACAAGUUUAAGAGUGCGAGGGAUUAUGAUACCAUCUCCAUGGAUGGACCUUUUAUAACAGUUGGUUUACUCAAAGAUAAAAUUUACGAAACAAAGCAUUUGGGCAGUGGUAAAGACCUUGACAUUGUCAUCUCUAAUGCCCAAACUAACCAAGAAUAUCUGGAUGACGCACACUUAAUCCCAAAGAACACCUCUGUCCUCAUUCGCCGUGUCCCCGGACGCCCUCGCAUCAGAAUUAUUACCCCUCAAGAGCCGAGAGUCGUCGAGGAAAGAGUGGAAAACGUUCAAGCUUACAUGAACAACAAUCCUAUAACUGCUGAUGCAUCUGUGGCUGAAGAAGAUGAGUUUGGGACUGAUCUGUAUUCACUUCCUGAUGCCCCAGCUGUCCAAUAUAGUAACCCUUCUCUUGAUCCUGCACCAGCCAAUGAGGAAGUAGAUGAAGAAACCAAACUGAAGGCGUUGAUUGACACUCCAGCAUUAGACUGGCAGCAACAAGGUGCAGAUGGUUAUGGCGCAGGCAGAGGUUAUGGGAGGGGUACGGCUGGAAGGAUGGGUGGACGCGGUUUUGGUAUGGAGAGGAAAACGCCACCACCAGGUUAUGUCUGCCAUCGUUGCAAUACUGCAGGACAUUUGAUUCAGCACUGCCCGACAAAUGGCGAUCCUAACUACAAUGUAAAGAGACCUAAACCACCCACUGGCAUCCCCAAGUCUAUGUUGAUGCCGACCCCAGAUGGCUCUUUAGCCAUGGCAGAUGGCGCAGUUGCAGCUUUGCAACCGAAUGAGGAUGCUUUUGAGAAGGCAAUGGAGGGACUGCCGUCAACAACACGUUCUGUCGGGGAAAUUCCUCCUGAGCUAAAAUGUCCCUUGUGUAAAGAAGUAAUGAGAGAUGCUGCGCUGACGAGCAAAUGCUGUUUCAAGAGCUUUUGUGACAAGUGUAUCAGAGAUCACAUAAUUGCAAAGUCAAUGUGUGUCUGUGGAGCAACCAAUGCACGAGCUGAUGAUCUUUUACCAAACAAGACGCUUAGGGAUACAAUAAACCGUAUCUUGGAGUCUGGUAACAGUAGCGCUGAGAACGCUGGCAGCAUGUGUCAAGCGCAGGAUAUGGAGUCUGCUCGUUGUCCACCUCCCAAAGCUCUGUCUCCUACUACAUCUGCAGCAUCUAUAGGCGAAAAGAAACCAGCUCCUAGUAACAACAAUGAGACUUCAACUCUAAAGCCGGCAGUAGAAGUAGCGGAGAUCACAAGUGGCCCUAUGGCGUCUGCAGAAAUUGUAAAACCUGUUGAUGCAUCUGAGAACAAUCGAGGAUCCUUGAAUGGCAAGGAAGCACAGGUGAAUACGCAGGCCCCCAAGGAAGAAAUACCCCAGCAGGUUGCUUCUGGUGAGCAAGUUAAAAAGAAGAAGAAGAAACCUCGGAUGCCUGGAACAGUGGCAGACAUGCAAUGGAAUCCCAUGCAAGCAGGGCCUGAGUACAUGAUGCCUAUGGGUCCAGGUCCGAGUAAUCCUUACUUCAACGGUAUGCAAGGCGGGUUCCAACCCGGGUUCAACGGCUUUCACCAUGGUUUCAAUGGGUUUGGAGGCCCUUAUCCCGGCGCCAUGCCUCCCAUGUAUGGACUUGGAGGCCCCAUGGACAUGUCUUUUCACGGCGUGAUGCAUCCACCGCCUUUUGCUCCACAGGGCUUUGGUUUCCCUAAUAUACCACCACCUCAUAGGGACCUUGCGGAGAUGGGAAACCGUAUGAAUCUCCAACGUCCUCUCAUGGGGAGAGAGGAAUUUGAAGCUCGGAAAGUCGAGAUGAUGAGAAAGCGUGAAAACGAGAGAGGGAAUGCCGGUGAGAAGAGCAGAAUGAUGAACAACUCUGCCGCAGCCUCUUCCUCACCAAUGAAGCCAAAAUCUAGACCAUCUCCACCGAAUCCGGAUUACGACCGUCGCAGGCGAUCGGAGAGAUUAUCACCGGAGCCUCGUCAGAGGUUCAACUCUCCCCCUCGAGUAUCCAGCAGGAAAUCCGAGCGUGAUCAUCGUCACCAAGACCAUGAUUCAGAGCAUGAUCGCCGUCGCGACCGCCGGGAUGAUGAUAGGAGACGGGAACGCCACCGGGAGGAAGAUCGCAAGCACAGCAAGAGAUCGGAGAAGCAACCGUCAGUGCCGAGUGCAGCUGCUACCAAAUCAGAGAUUGAGGAUGACCACAAGGCCAGCGUUUUUGCUCGGAUAAGCUUUAACGUGCCGGAAUCUUCUUCCGGCAAACAACGGAAGACGUCAAAGUCUUCUCCGGCGCCGGAGGCCGCGACACAGGCCGUAUUCUCGGGACACGAAGAGCUGCUCAAGAGUGAGCUAUGCGAUGUGAUUGUGGUGUCAUCUCCAAAUAUGACUCAUCAUCAGAUUCUAAUUGACAUAAUCAAUUAUCCAAAACCGCACCAUGUUCUUGUUGAGAAGCCCUUAUGCACCACAGUUGCAGACUGCAAACAGGUUCUGGAGACUGCAAAGAAAAGGUCAGACAUGGUGGUGCAAGUUGGGUUAGAGUACAGAUACAUGCCACCAGUGGCUAAGCUCAUUGAGAAAGUGAAAAGCAGAGAUUUUGGCAAUGUCAAGAUGGUAGCAAUCCGAGAACAUAGAUUCCCUUUCUUGGUUAAGGUGAACAACUGGAAUAGGUUCAAUGUGAACACUGGAGGGACCUUAGUGGAGAAAUGCUGCCACUUCUUUGAUCUAAUGAGGCUCUUUGCUGGUGCAAAUCCUCUAUGUGUGAUGGCUUCUGGAGGCAUGGAUGUGAACCACAAGGAUGAAGUUUAUGAUGGCAAGGUGCCUGAUAUAAUUGAUAACGCUUAUGUGAUAAUCGAGUUUGACAAUGGAUGUCGUGGGAUGCUUGAUCUUUGUAUGUUUGCUGAAGGAAGCAAAAACGAACAAGAAAUCUCUGUUACUGGUGACAUUGGAAAGGGGGAGGCACUUGUUCCAGAGGGCAUAGUUCGAUUUGGAAGUCGUGCACAAGGAAGAGAACACGUUCAGACGAUAAAAGCUGAGGAUGAAAGAAUAAAAUAUGAAGGUUUACAUCACGGAUCGAGUUACUUGGAACACCUCAUAUUCUUAUCAGCAAUCAGAGGUGAAAGACGAGCAGCUGUUGAUUUGGAAGACGGAUUAAUGGCUGUUGCCAUUGGAGUUGCUGCACAGCUCUCCAUUCAAGAGCGCCGCUAUGUAUCUAUUGAAGAGAGUUCGAUUGGUUUUGGGACUGAGAAAUAUCCCUUGAUUCGAACUCUUGUUCCCAUAAAACAACCAUGGGAUACAAGAGCUAUUGAUCUUCCUGCCCCUUCAAAGAGGAGUUUGUCGAAGCCAAAGGAUCUUCCUGCCCGUUCAGAGAAGAGUUUGUCGAAGCCAAAGGGUGGUGGGAAGAACAAACUAGUUUGGAGUCCAAUAAUUAUAAGUAAUGAAUCGUCCUCCGAGCAUCUUCGAGUCCCGCCAAAGGAUACUAGUGUGUGUGGUGAGAGAAACAAGAGUAACAAGUAUCAUGUUGGGAAGGUCGGACAAGUUUGGGUUUGUGAUUAG